AUGAGGGCAAGCGCAGGCUACUUUAUCGCAAACAACAACACAAUGAAGAUCCAAAAGAUUGACGACCAUGCGGGACUCACCUUGGCAGGCGGUGUCGCCGACGCACAGAAUAUUGUAGACGUGUUGAGGUACCAUGCAAACCUUCAUCGAAUUCAGAACCAGGAGGCCAUGCCCAUCAAGACCCUGACCAGACUCACGUCCCUGAUCUUUCAUCAAAACCGCGGCUACCCGUUCAUAGCCGACAUCCUGAUGGGCGGAUACGACAGAAACGGGCCUGCCCUCUUCAACAUUGAUAUGUUUGGAUCCGUCGAGGCCAAACCAUACGUAACCACCGGCAGCGGAUCGCCUGUGGCAUACGGUACGCUAGAGGAGGCAUACCACGACGGCCUGACGGUGGGUGAGGCAAAGUCCAUUGCGUUGCGCGCGGUAAAGGCGGCAAUUGUUAGAAAUAUAGGCACCGGAGACGGAAUCAAUAUUGCCGUAAUAGACAAGAACGGCUUUCAGCUUCUGACCAAGGAGCAGAAGAAGGCAAUUAUUCAGCUAUAG